AUGGCUCAGGGCGGAGCAUUACAAGCCGUCGUUUUUGAUUGGGCAGGUACAACAGUAGAUUUUGGUUCACGCGCACCAAUUUUGGCAUUUAUGGCUUUAUUUGCAGAUAAUAAAGUUGAAAUUUCAAUUGAAGAAGCACGUGCGCCAAUGGGUUUGGAAAAACGCGAUCACAUUGCGGCAGUUUUGAAAAUGCCACAUAUUGCAGAUGCAUGGAAACAGACUCAUGGUGCUGAAGUGACUGUGGCGGAUAUUGACCGUUUAUAUCAGGACUUUAUUCCAUACCAAUUGAAAAGCAUCCCAAGCUGCUCAAAAUUGAUUCCGGGGGCAUUAGACGUAUUUGCUGACAUUCGUGCCCGUGGUGCAAAAAUUGGCAGUAAUACUGGUUAUGCUUCGAUGAUGAUUGGUCAAUUGGUGCAAGAUGCAGCUGAUCAAGGUUAUGUGCCUGACUGUACUAUUACAGCCAGUGAUGUGAAACAUGGUCGUCCAUAUCCUGAAAUGCUGUGGAAAAAUCUAAUUGAACUUGAUGUGUUAGAUAUUAAAACUGUGGUGAAAGUGGAUGAUACAGUGGUCGGCAUCGAAGAAGGUUUAAACGCUGGUUGUUGGACUGUGGGCUUGGCCGUCAGUGGGAAUGAAGUGGGGCUAAGCUUCGAAGAGUGGUCUGCACUUUCAGCGUCUGAACAACUAAGUUUAAAAGAAAAAGCAUAUGCGAAAAUGAAUGCUUCAGGUGCACAUUAUGUAAUUGAUAGUAUUGCUGACUUACCUGCGGUAUUGGAUGCGAUUGAACAGCGUUUAGCAAAUGGUGAAAAGCCUUAA